AUGCCGGUGUGCUAUAUCUCGAUAGCCGUACAUGAUCCUCUGACACAAAUGACAGGGGAUUUCUGUCUUCGGCCUGUCCCUACUUGCGCGUUGGCGCUUGCUGGCGAGGAAGCAAGCCUGCAUGGUCGUCUUUCCAGCUUUCCGCUCGUCAAAUACGGAUGUACGGAGCUGGACGAAGCCGUCCUCCUUGGGGGGCUAGAAAGAGGUUCCGUUGUAGGCAUCAGCGCUGAUGAUGUGGAUGGCUUCGGUCUUCUGCCGCCAGAUGGGGUUGCAGGGUAUGAUACGGGCGAUAUUGGACGGCUCGGUGCAUCGGGCGUUGGUCAUAACACCAAAGCCACUGGCAUCGAUAUCCAAGAACAGAAGUGUCGAGCUGGUCUAGAUAGCGUGAUGCUUUCUGUUGUGUUUGAUAUCGACGGUAUCUGGCAAACGCUGUCCGAGCUUCUACAACCCCUCGUCGCAGCUACGUCCUCCUCCCCUGUUAUCCACCACGAGGGCCACAUAGGCAGCCUUGAACGCAAUCGAAUGAUCCCCACAACGGAAAUCCAGGAUAGCGAAGAUGAAGACAUAUUACAACCCGCUGGCCAUAAAACCUUCGACUCGAGAGAGGAACCCAGAGCAUCAUCGCACGAAGACCAAGGAGAGCGCUCCUCGCCCAUGUGUCCCCCAGAAAUCAUUGUCGUGACUCAUUUCUCGACUUUUCUGACGUCUCUAUUCGCCCGGCGGGAGAAGGCAGAAGCGCAUAAAACGUUGGCAUAUUUGAAAUGGCAGUUGCGUGGGCUCUCCCGCUCUUGCAGCAUGAGUCCCCUCAUACUGCUAGUCAACUCUACCACCACAGAAGAGGCGAGUAACAGGCCUCGAGGAUCAGCCUUGGACCUGAGCGGCUCGACCAGAACCCAUAGGAGUCCAGAACCUACGCUCCAUUCGAUAUUUGCGUCAGUGCGCAGCCUGCGCCCUUCACGGCCGAGCUUCGGAGUCGUUUUCAGCCAGUUUCUUGAUUUACACAUUCUCUGUACCGAUCUCUCGGAAAAUCACGCCAAUCUGGCCUGCCGUCUCGAAAGGGCGGCUGCGUCUACAAAGUGCGACCACCAGUGCCGCUCCCUUGCACACAUAGAGGUGCUGAAAGACAACUUGGGAAUAAAUUCGGCUCAUCUUCGCAAACAGAAUCGCGAGAAACGAUGGGCUGUAUUAGAUGUAUACGGCCAGAAAAUCGUGAACCCUGGUGAUGGCUUAAUACGCGAGCCACAGACAACGAGCGAGCAUGUGCCAAGUCAGAAGGACACUUGA